CACGAGAUUGGAAAGUAUGUGCGUUUAGACCUGCUGUUGUGAAGCUCUUUUAUUUCUUAGGAGUAUCGAUAGAAGUUAUCCACAAUGGCUGAAGGUGAAAACGAAUGUAAGGUCUACGUUGGUUCUUUAAAGUUUGAGACGAACGAAGAUCGGCUCAAAGAUCAUUUUAGCUCGAUUGGAGCCGUUGUAAAAGCUCAAGUCAUAAGGGAUUGGGAGACUGGAAGAUCUAGAGGGUUUGGUUUUGUCACCUUUAACGACAGUUCAUCAGUAACAGAAGCAUGUGAAAGGCUUAAUGAAACGCCAGGAAGUUUUUUAGUUCACAAGUUCAUGAUGGUUUUUAGCAAGCUGGUCACCAUAUCACAGUUUGUUAGCACAGCCAAACACUUGUUGAAGGAGAAUACAAUGAACUUGAUGGCAGAACAAUCAAAGUACAUAAAGCAAACUCCCGUGGUGGAGGCGGCAGCUCUGAAGGGCGGACUAGAGGAGGCCGAGGAGGCAGAGGUGGAGGAUAUGGCAGAGGAAGACGUGGUGGUUUUAGUGGAGGUGGUGGAGGCUAUGGAGGUGGGAACUUUGGGGGUGGUUCAACCUAUGCACAAGGCUACACUGGUGGUGGUGGUGGUGACGGUUCUGGAAACUACUACUACAGUGGUGGCAGUGGUUAUAAUUAUUAAAAAGGACAUGACCACAGGUAAGAAAAAUUCCAAACAACAAUAUAAAUUUCUUAUGUGUGAACCUCUUUGCUUUUCAACAGCUAAAAUUGUCAUGGAACGAGAAGAUCCAGGCCGAUCAAGAGGGUUUGGCUUUGUAACAGUGAAUUCAGCGGAUGAUAUCCAAAGGGCGGUUGAGGAAUUGAAUGAAACUGAUUUGGAUGGUCGAACAAUCAAAGUAUCAAAAGCAAAUGCAAGAGGUGGAGGAGGCGGAGGAGGUGGUGGUUACAGACGGGGUGGAGGAGGAGGAUUCCGAGGUGGCAGGGGAGGCAGAGGAGGAGGUGGAGGAUACAGAGAAAGGAGCUAUGGUGGAGGAGGAGGUGGUUAUGGGAGCAGAAGUUAUGGAGGAGGAGGUGGCGGAGGUUAUGAUGGUGGGUACGACGAUGGCUACUCAGGUUCUUAUUCUGGAGGAAAUCAAUACCGAAAAGGCCGUGACUGGUAAUGAUCUGUUCAACUUCCGCGAUUCAACUCUGUUCCUGUAUAUGCAUUGAUGUGCUGAGGUGCUAGAACAAGACAAAAAAAUUCGGUGUGCUGUCCUGAAACUUGAUGAAUGAUAAACCUCAGCUCAUGAUGUUCAGUGCACUGAAGUUUCCUGUGUUGUUGACCUAUGUGCUUACUGCUAUGAAAACCUCAGCCAGUGAUGUUUGGCUUUCUGAUGUUCUGAUGAAAUAUGUCUUAGUAGAAAUAGCUCAUUGUAGCAGAGACCAUAUACUCAUUUGUAUCUUUAUUGACUACUUAAGCACAAAGAAUAAGGUUUUUUUUGUUUUGUGUUGUUUUUUUUUUGUAUUUAUUCAGCCAACACUGUUGGUUUUGUUCCUUUUUUUACUGAAUAUUCCAUAACUUAGCCCUAUUAAAAGAAAAUGUUUUGCUGUGUCCGUUGCAAGUGAUAAAAAGGGUUGAUAUGAACAACAGUGGUUUGAGUGCAUAUGACAAAGAAAGGAGUCAUGAAAAAUAAUCAAGUCUGUCUAUCAAAUUCAUACCCACAGUUCUAAUGGUGUUGGUCUGUUCAAUUGGAAACUGGGGCAAGGUGGUUUCCUUGAAGACUUAAUGGUUAUCGGGAAGUGAUAACUACUAAGUUCCCUUUGGUGUCCACAUUACUAGAUUACAAUAAACUAGACCUCAAAGUCGUGAGUGGUUUCAAAA